UUAGUCUUAGAAGUUAGACGUAGGUAGUGCUACCAAUUAGCAGAAGCAUUUGAAUAAAAGUGAAAACGCUACUCUUGUUAGAAGUUACAAAUAAUUUUAUAUAUGCAUUACUUAAUUCGUAUUCUUUAUAAAUUAUAGUCCGAGGAUUUUCAAGAGUUAUCAACAAACAGUGACUACUGUACUGGCACUGAAGUAGACUACUACCUUGAAUUUGAAAGUUGUAACUGUAAAACUAAAAGUUGCAUUCAAACUCCAGCAAAAAGAAAAUAUCAAUAGUUAUUCAAAGAAGACAAAGAAAAAGAACAUAAAUGUGAAAUUUUCCAGACUAAUGUUGCCAGUAACACAUCAGGAUAUGUUACAGCACAUUGACCCUUUUAGGAUAAAUAUAUAAUACUUUAUUAAUCAACACAAUGGUUUCAACAGUUCUGACAAAAAAGUUCUUGCAUAAUUUGAACUUUGUAGAAAGAGCCCAAAAGGCAAGACUGUCACCUGAUGUGCAUAUAAUAAGUGUUCUUGACCAGGAGAGGAAACUGUGGCUUGUACCAACUGGAUCAGUUGAAUUGCUUCCAUUUUGUUUUGAAAGUGUUACAGGAUUUGCUUGGCAAGAAGAUAGUGAAGAUACAGCUGACACUACAGAGUUGUCUAUUCUUUUCGACUCUCUCACUCUGUCAGUAUAUUCUAUUAACAUACUAGAUAUCAACACCAAUUCUUGGAAUGACGUACUGAGAUGUGCAGUAGAGUAUGAAUGCAGUAGCCUCAAUGAUAUGCUAGGGAACAGUGGCAUAUUUCUUGAAAAGAAUUCAGAGAUAGAUAUACUAAUGUACAUAAAAAAUGAAAUUAUGAUGGUAGUCCAUUCUCUGUUUGUUAUUUGCCUGGCUGUCACAUCUGAAAACCUUGAUUUGAGACUUUGUAUGCCACUUAAAACCAAAAACGAUUUUUCAUCAAGUUUUAAAAUUAUUAGUCACAAUUUGUUUAUUCUUGAUAAGAACAAUGCCACCAUUGAAAUUAUCAGUCUCCAAAAUGGUGACAUUAUCAAAUACAUUGAACUGCAUACCUUGUUGAAUAAAAGUUGUACAUUUGGAGGAUUUUGCAUUACUCCAGAUCUGCAAAAAAUUGUUUUAUGGGAUCAAGAUCAAAAUGUACACUGUAUAUCUUUAGAACUGUUUAGAGAAAAAUCUAAUGAAGCUUCUGCAGAUCAGUAUGUUCUGCCAAAUUCAGUGCAGGUUACAGCAAAACCUCUUAUCUCAGCUUUCAUGAAAAGGGUACCUUCAAAAAUAAAAGUAGCUUAUGAACCAAGUAAAGUGGGAAGUAACAAAAUUCUAAAUAAUACACGUACAUAUCAAAUGAUCCCAUACCCAGAAUAUUGUAAAGAGAAAUUCAUCAUUGAGGAUAUUCGACCAUUUCAAGAUAUUCUCUUGUGCUGUCUUCAUGAAAAAACUAAUAAGCUUAAUGUACAGUUAAUGAUUAUAAAUGCUAGUGAUUUCUCUUUAUCAUCAAUAUUAGAAGUUGGCACACCAGUUGUAGUUUCAUGGAUGGAUGGUAACAGACCCGUAUUACCUCUGAUUCUGUCCAAACAGUACAUAAAGAUGAUGUAUGUUGGUCGACCCCCAGAAAACAUUCUUACAGAUUUAAUGAUAUUCUCCUCAUGCAGAAUGGCCGAACAUCUCUCUCAGCUUAAUGGAUGGAAGAAGAUAAGUUUGGACCUUAAUAUUCUGGAUGAGGGUUUAAAGAAUAGACUUUUUGACACUGUUUCCUUUUAUUUAAGAACACAAGCAGAAAUGUUCUGUUUUUUCUACAAAAACAAAUUACUUCAGUUUCAAGAAAACGAAGAUGAAGAAAGUAAAAAUGAUAAAAUUGGUCAGUGGGAUAUCGUGCUUGAUCAUGUGUUUGAAACUGUUAAAAAGACUUCACCUAACUUCUCUGAACAACUCAUGCAAUUAACAGUUAACACUUUAGCUCAUAUGUUAUUCACGGUUCACAAAGAAUCUGUACAGGCAAACAACUCUGUUCUUACAAAGACAUUUAUUUUAAAAGUAAAAAAUGAUCUUCUACAAUCUCUCAUAAAGGCUCGACAGUUAUUACAAAUUACAAAAUAUCCACUACAAACUGUAAAAAAUGUAAGUGACUCCAAAGCUGAAAAUGGAUUUAUUAAUAAAAAUUGGCAGAAUUUAGACUUGGAAGACCUUAUUCACAAUAUUGUUUUGACGGGUGAUUUGCUUGGUGGUAUGAAUUUUGUGUUAGAACAUAGAAAAAGUGAGAUUAGCAUGCAUAAUGGUAGUUUACUAGACUUAUUCAUAAAAGUUGGCUUGAAUUUUGCAUGUACUUAUUUAUUACAGAAACUCAUGGAUCAAGCAAAAACAUUGAUAAUAAAUCUUGGUUUUCCCGUAAAACUAAAACUGAGAGAGAUAUUUUGGAGUACACCUAAUCAUGCUCUUCGUCAGUAUUUGAAGGAGGAGUUGGGUAAAAUGGAAGCUUUGUCUACAAAAGACCACAAUAUCAACAACAACUUAGAAAAAUUAGAAAAUGCUUAUGACAGCAGAAGUUUUGAGACAUCACUUAAUAUUAAAUUAGAGGGAUCAAAACCAAUACAAGAAAUGGAUUUGGUACAUUCUAGAUUAAAAUCUCUUCAACUAUCCUCACCACUUCUCCAAACUGGAGAGUUUGCUGUUAAUAGUGAAAGAGAUAACAAUAGCCCUUAUUAUUGUUGUUUGACACUAGAAUGGGUAGAAAAGUGGAAAGAACACCAAUGGGAAAGAGCAUUGAUUUCUAAAAUGUUCUCAGAAGACAGUAAUGAAGAUUUUCACUGGGAAAUCAGUUCUCAGUCACUUUGGAACUUCUUGCUUGAUUAUGGACUGAGAGAUGUCUUAAGAAAGUGGAUAGUUACAUCUUUUGAUGAAUGCUCAGUUGAUAAAAAUUCUAUACUUUCACGGUAUGAUUUAGAUGGUAGUUUGUUAGACACCAUAAGAAAUACAGUCAUGAGACAUGUUGAAGAGGAAACUUUUGAUGAGCUAGCAAAAUAUGGUGUGUUUCCUGAAGAGGUACAGGAGGAUUUUUGCAUUCUGUUGGAAAGAUUAGGACGUAUCUGUGCUAUAACUCCAGAACCACUACAACUUAACUCAGUUCAUUCUUCACUUUCUAAUCUAGACUUCAGGCACAGGUUAGUUCAUUAUUGUCUUCAACAUAAGUUGGUGAAUCUUUUGUAUAGCUUUCUGAGGAGUAGCAGCAUACGUUUACCAAACUCUUGCUCAGUAUGCCACACCUCUUUAUUGAGAAUGAUUUGGGAUUUUUGUAACUGGUCUCGUUUACCUGAAAGCCAACAACACUGCUUUUAUACUGUUCUGUCCACUGCACAAGAAAUUCUUCAAUUAGACACAAUUAGUGUUCAAGCAAUAUGGAAGCAAGGAUCUGUUGGACUAGCUUUGGGCACUGCUAUUGUGGCACCAUUAUCACUUUCUGAUCUUACAAACAGCACAACAGAUUCUAGAUUGAAAGUGGAUUUUAAGAUAUUACAGGAAAAACUAACUUCCAUUCCUAUUCUACAGGAAUUAUUUACACAAAACUGCAAAGUAGUUCCAGAUAUUACCAUUUAUCAUCUUUUACAAAAGAGCUCAAAAUUUGACCCUUCAAAAUUGUUUGGAUGGCAAGAAACAAACGUUAUCAAAAGUGAAGAUGCUCUAUCAGAUAUUCCCCAUUUUUCUCAUCCUUUUCUCUUGGAACAAUAUGGAUUGAGAAAAUCUCUUCAUCCUAUGUAUUACCUGAAGCAAGGUCGACCUGGUUUUGCUGUGUUAAAGUUUCUUGUCAUGUCACUUUUAAAAACUUCUCCUCUUUCUCAUAAAAAAAUUCAGUCUAUUUGUAGAGAAGUUACUCGAUUUUGUCUUAGACACCAUUCCACCUCUGAAAUUGUAGCCGCUUGCGUAUCUUUCAUAGAAAUGCUUGGAGAAGACUCAUUUCCAUUGCGUGUUACUCUUCAUAUUGGAAAAUUGGCUUUUUCUCAUCAGCCACAAUUAAAUGAAUCUCAGAAUGAUAGUUGUUUCAAAGACUUUGAUAAUGAAAAAUGUAUGGAAGCUAUCUAUUUUGGGAGUUCUGCUACCGCUGUAAAUAUAAUGGCAAACGUUAAAGUAGAAAGGGAAGAUGAAACUGAAACAACAGAUCCAGUGAAUAGGGCUAUGUUAUGGUAUCCAGUGUUUGCAUUUUGUCAUAUUCACCAGUUAGAUCUCCCACCAGACUUUUUGCAAGCAUGUGCAAGAUCUGAAGAUUGGCUGUUGUUUCUUGUGUUUGCUCAGAUAUACCAAUUACCUAGAGAACAGGUGUUAGAAGUAAUUGAAGAAUAUGGACAGACUUCUGUUAGAGAACAUUUAAAGAGGGCUAUUAGUAACUUAACUAUAAAGCAUGUAACUGCUAUAGCAGAAAGUUCUCAGUUUGAGAUGAAAGCUAAUAAGUUGGGUGUUCAACGUGACCUACGGAGUUUUUUAUAUGCUCGUAUUGGAUUGAUUAAUGUAAAAGGGAAAAGGAGUACUCCAAGUGAUAGUGGCCCUGAUGUUUCAAGUGAUGAUGACCAAAUUUCCCGAAAUAGUGAAAUUGGUGACACCUCAUCUGCUGCACAAGACACAGAACAAGUCUACAUACAAGUACUUCGACACCAAAAAGAUGUCAUUGGUGAAUUACUUUUGUACCAUGACACAGAGCAUCCUUGGGAGGAAUUAUUAAUUGCUAGUCAGAUACAUGGUGACAUGACUAUAGCUCUUCUUGUUGCUUCUCUUUUCCCAGACUCUUGUACUGUUGAUAGUUUGUGUACUUGGUUGUUGACAUCUCUUAGUCUUGAUCUUCAAAAUCAAAUAUUGCAACAGUUGGCUAUUACUUUACCUCAUCUUGGCUGGUCACUUGAUGAAUUAACAAAAUUAAUGGAGUGUUUUGUGAAGUAUAAAAAGAUUUUAAACCUUUACUGGGGAUUUUGGCUUUUUCAGCCAAAGUCUCCUUUGUUGUGCCUUUUAGAAUUCCUUAUGGUAUUUCUCAAGCAAAAAAAUUAUGAUGGCAGUGCAAAGCAGUUAAAACGUUUUCAAGAUCUUAUUUGGAAAUAUGCUGAUCAAAAAAAGCAGAUACUUGUCUCUAUGGAUGAUCUGACUUGGAUUGAAAUCACAGCAGCAAGGCUUCUCACUUUAUCAGUAAAUGUUUGCAGUAAUAGCUAUGAACAGCGAGUGAUGAUAAGACAUUAUGCUUUUGCCAGAAUACAAAAUAUGUUCUCCACUCCUGUUAUCCUUCCUGAUUUUAACAAGUUAAGUCAUCUUGUAGAAUGUCUAAGUAACACUGAGCUUCCCCACAGUAUUCAGGCUCUGCUUGAACCUGAAGAAAACAUCCAAUUCAUGGAAAUGUGCAAGACAUUAGUUCAUGAAUUAUUAUGCCAAAAACAUUUUGAAGAAGCACUUAGAUUUGCAAAAUUAGUAAGUCUUCCAGAGAAUGAGGUGAUUCUUGGUCAUUUGAAAAUUGAAUUAGAAGAAGCAAAACUUUUGGGUAUACCAAGGAACUUUUGGAGAAAUUGUAAUAACACUCUUAGAAAGCAUAAAGUAGAACCUUUGGUAGCAGCGUGGUUUUUUAAAAACCAAGCUGUAAUAGAAACAACAUACCAAACGAAACUAGAUCUAAUGAAUCUUGCUGUUCAAUGGUUAGAAAUGGUGGAAAAUAAAAUGCAGUCAAUAACACAAGAAAUUCAGAAAUGGAAAACAGAAAUGUGGUGCUACUGGAUAAAAGUGGAAGUUCAGCAUCCUUGGAAGCUGACUGAUUGGUGUAAAACAGUAUUGUACGAGCAACCAUCAGAAGGUGAACUCUUUGUUUUAGUCCAAGACCAGGUUAUGACAACAGAAUCGACUGUUUUAAUGACACUAUCUGGUAAAGAGGAAUAUGAUGCCCUUGAGAGAGUCAUUGGGCAAUUGUUGCAGCAGAAACAAUGGAAACAAGCUGUCUGUUUGGCAGAAGUUUUUCAGUAUAGUAGUAGUAGUUUCCAACUUUUAGUUGUUAGAUCCUGUCUCCUUUUAGCUCUGUUCUCAUUGACUCCAAGUGACUUAGAUCCACGUUUAAUAAAAUCAAUGACCAACAACAGUAAAGUACGUCAGAAGAAAAUAUCAAGUGUUGCUGUGCCACGCAAGUUUGUAGUCAGUAGAACUUCUAGUUCCUUAAGCCUAGCAAGCAUUUCGUCAGAAACGGGUAAUGAAGUUCUUAACAGUGAUCAGCUAGAGCUAGUGGAAGUAAUGGAGCGUUUAGAAAAUGUGUCUAAGACUACGUCUCCAACUUGUAGUUUAAUUAGUGUGUACUUUAAAAUAGCAUUAGUAAUGAACUUAUCUUUUAAAAGUGUUGUAUUUGAAAAAGAUUCGUUUUGUUUAUUGAAAAAACUGUUGCAAAGUAGUUCUCCCCUGAAAUACAGUUUAGCCAAAGAGCUCAUAGAGAUUCGUCUCUUGACUACAGAAGCAGUGACGACAUUCUUGUGCCAAGAAAUAUUGAAUUGUUUAAAACUGUACACCGGUCAGAAAGAUGAAGAAUUUUCCCCAGUAAGCAGUGCUGAACUUAUAUUUAAUCCGAGUGAAUCCACACACGCGUUUCAAGCUCUGAUCAGACUCUCAGGUAGUGCAACACUUCUUGGUAAUAAAUUGGUGUCGCACAUUGUUUUGGAUGAAUAUCAAGAAGAAGUAACAGACCAAGAGACGUUAUCGUUAGAUGUUGAGCUCUGCGUUAGAGCCCACGAGUGUUUUAGUGAAUCUUGCUACAUGGAAGGUUUGUCUCGCAUACUUCGGAAAGCCAGGUUUCUUACUGAACGACUAGCUGUGGCAGAAGAAUAUACCUUGCUUGUUAGAUUGCUAACAGGAAUAGGACGUUACAGCGAAAUGACAUAUGUCUUUGACAUUCUUUUAGAAAACCAUCAGUUUGAACUGUUGUUCAGAAAAGGGAUGGAAAAAGUUACUCAUUUGAAGCUAGCAUUGUUGGAUUACUUGAAGCGCCACAGACCAAACGAUAGUGAUUUGUAUUCUAUGCUAGCUCUUAACUUUAGCCUUCAUCGUGAAAUUGCAGAGUUACUAGAGAGUAAUGGUAAACAAGAUAUUUUAGACAUUGGCUCCACAGGAGUUAAGAACCUGAAAAACUCAACACAACUAAGGACUGCAAUGCAAUACUUUGCAGAUGCUGCUGAAAGUUAUGUUAAAGCGGAUUGUUUGAGACAUGCCCAAGUUUGUGCAAACCAGGCAGAGUUGAUAGCUCUACAGCUACAUCUACUAACUCAAGGAUUAGCUGUAAUCUGUCUACAAGAGAAAGAGGUAGAAAAAUUUAUUAUUAACCAUCCCAAGUUUUCGGAAUCUUUGAUAGUUGCUGAAGCUUACGAAAAUCAUCAGUCUUGGAGCAUAGCGUUGUACCACCAUGUGGUUGAACGUGGGGACAUGGAAUAUCUUAGAAGUUUUCAAAUCAGUUUAGGUUUGAAUCCAUUCGUAGUUGAAGAAGUGGGGAAAAGGUUUAAAGUAUCCACCAGCAAAACUUCUGAGCAUAUACAGAACUUGCGUAAACUUCUGACGAAAUUGUCGAAUGUUGAAGCUGCCUACAGACUUUCCAAUGAAUUUGGAUUUCGAGACAUUGCACUCGAUUUAGUACACGGAGACUCGGGUGACUAUCUGCAAGAUCUAAUAAUUCAGGGUCAAGUGAUUUAGUAACACGGAUUUCGAGACAUUGCACUCGAUUUAGUACACGGAGACUCGGGUGACUAUCUACAAGAUCUAAUAAUUCAGGGUCAAGUGAUUUAGUAACACGGAUUUCGAGACAUUUGCACUCGUUAUAGCUCAUGGAGACCGGAGUGACUAUCUGAAAGGUCUUAUGAUACAUUCUCGUGAUCUAGUAAGAUUAUGUAUAGAAAAACGAAAAGGAAAAACGUUCCAUGUGUGCCGGUAUAGCUAUUUUCGUAUUUUUAUUAGACAGCUAUGUGAUUAGAAAAGAUAAAAGUUUGAAAUCUAAUGUGUAAAAUGUUUUGUAAUGUUAUGUGUAACUCGUAACGGGUAUAGUACAAAUGUCAAGUGUUUGUAAAAACUGCUGUAGAUUAUUUUGUAUAGCCACAAUGUUUGUACAUAACGAAAGUAUCUAGAACUGGUGAUAAAAAUAUAACAUUGAAACUACAUCAUCAUGGUUAAUUUGGCUUACUCAGUACUGAAUUUCAUUGAUAGAAACUCGUGUAAGGAAAACCUAAGGAUUCGUAGAGUAAAUUCUGUUUAACUCUGUAGUGAAUCCACAGUAUAUUCGUAUUACCCCCACCCCAAAAAAAAAUGAUGUUAUGAUAAUGUAAUAGAUUUGCAAGACUUAAAAAUUGGAAGUUAUGUAACUAACUAGGUUCUAAUUAUAUUCUAAUGUGUUUGUUUCAUUAAAUGUAUUUAGAUCGAUGUAUCAAAUACUUGUGAAGCUUUUUAAAAUGUAUAAUUAUUAUAAAGUGAUACAUAUACUGUUUAAUAUAUUUUAUAACCACGUUGCACUUGGUUAAACGUUUGUAAAGGUUAACAAGAUUUUUUUUUAAAGCUCAAUAAUUACGUAAGCAUUACUUGUUUGUGACGCUGAUGAUAUAACCCAAAAAUGUCAGGUCAGAUUAUUUUAUGUCAAUAUUUAGAAGAUGCCCAUUAACCAUGGGAGACAAAACAUGUAUUUAUGGGAUCAGUUUUUACAGUGUAAGUCAACAGACUAAAAAAAAUAUGGUGUUAUGUGUGCUUAAAUGCAAACACAAGUUUACAAUGUAAAAAAAAAAAUACUUAAUUUAACUACGAUGUUAAGUUUACACAUUAGUACAUAAAAUUUUUGUGUAAUGUAAGGGUUUGGUCCUUUCUGCGGGCGCCCAUGUCACUAACUGAUUGUUGAGGAUAUGUUCAGUAACGUAAUUUAAACUAUUUUUAUUUAAUAAACUCUGAACAUUAUUUACGGCAGACUGUUUCCGUCGAGAAUAAAGUUUAAAUUAUCCAACGUGAA